AGCCCAUUAAUCGAGGACAUUAUUGAACAGCUGCCUCUUCUCUGUACUGUGUGGUAUGGUUUUGCAUCUUAAAACAAUUUCAAAGAGGAAACACACAUCAGGUGAACUAUAGCUUGCAUUCAAAUAUGGAAUUGGGUUUCACCUUGGCAUAUGCUGUUACUAUGAUCGUUGCUUUGCAAGGAAACAUUUUGCUGAUUUACAUCGUCUGGAGGAAACGUGAGACAAGAACUUUGACUAGUUUCUUGUUUGUCAAUAUGGCGAUUGCCGAUUUAUUGAUUGCAGUAUUUCAGAUGCCCUUCUCCAUUGUGCACUUCUACGUCUCUGAAUUCACUGGUGCGGUCGGGAAUCUAUUCUGCCGCUCUUUAAUGUAUCUUGUGAAUGUGUCAAUGACAGCCUCGAUCUUCAGCCUUGUCGUGAUGGCAUUCGAUCGAUAUUUUGCUGUUAUACACCCUUUGAAGCGAAUGAUUUGGUUCCGAAGAGCCAAAAUUAUUUUACCAGUCAUUUGGAUCGCAUCCUGGACCUUAAUGGCCGUCACACCAUUUUCUUACAUGGCCGAGGAUAGCCUUGGAAAAUGCUUUUAUACAGACGAACAUAUCCCGCGGGUGCCCUUUUGGACUUACCUACUGCUCAUCAACUACAUCAUGCCUCUUGCCAUCAUCUCUGCCCUGUACAUCAUAAUUGCGCGAAAGAUAUGGUUUCACGAAAUUCCUGGCCAACUUGAAUCUUCCAGACUCCAGCCAGAUGAGCAGAUUCCAAGGAAAAAAGUUGUUCGAACGCUCAUUAUUGUUGUGGUGGUUUUUGCGGUGUGCUGGUUUCCCAUGCAAGUGCUUCAAAUGAACUUUGCAGUGACAGCUGGAAUGACUUGGCACCCCAUUGCUAUCUACUCUAUCCAUUGGCUUGGUCAAGCUAACAGUGCCAUAAACCCCUGGCUGUACAUCGGUCUUAAUGGCAAAAUGAAUGCAGCUUUCAAAAGAAUGAUCCGAUGCCACGGGCAGGGUAAUACUUUGUUACACAGACCAUCUACCGCGACUUUACGUUCAAAUACAGCCGUUACCACAGUAUGAAAUCCUCCAACGGCUUAUGGUUGAGCUAAUGAAAGCAUUGCAGAUGGCAUGUUCUAGUUAAACGAUUGCAGGCUUGAAUGCACAUGCUCCAUUCAGGAUUAGAUGAGGCGAAGGAGAAAGUGUAUUAGGAUCAGUAGACGAAGGCAAGGCCAUCAACUGAGUGCCGUGCCACAACUGUUUCGGUUCAUAUCGACAAAAUAGCUGAAUAUAGAUUGAAACUUUAACUCCCUAGCUUGAUAUAAUGGGGCAGAAAAUAUCAUUUCCAGUGCAGGUUAUUUACUUCAUGAACGGAAACAGUCCAAAAAGAAGUCAUCAUGGCUAAACAAGAAACAACAUUAGUUUGUUUCGACUGCUGUUGAAAAUUUAAUUUCUUAUGUCUUUACUAGAAAGAAAGAACCGACGAGAUGGCUUUUGGUCUCUAGAUAAUGACUAAAUGUAAAUAAAUAAAAUUAUGUCAAGGUUUUUAUGACAAUUAUCCAUGUAGGACAGUUAUUAUCUGAUUUGAAAUGCAGAUUUCUUAAUUUUCUAAGGCCAACCGUGACGUUAACUGCAACGACCAUUAAAGAUCGUUUUUCAUUUAGCAACGGAUAUCCUUUAGCUGAUUGACUACUACACCACUUUUUUCAAUUUUUUUUUUAGUUUUUAUAGAUCUACGUGUGCUUUAGUUAGCUAACAGUGACUGUUACCUUUCGAAUUUCGAAGCAAGAGUGAUUUUUCGCGGGCUUUCUGCUAAAUCUCAUGACAUUUGUCAGUUCUCUGCACGUGCAAAUGUGGUGUCGUUUAGUUGUUCAGCUUCCACGAUGAAACGGCAGCAAAUGAUGCUGUCGUUUCUGUCCAGUAACAAAAGGUCAUGAAGAAUGGCUAGUAAGCUUUACAAGACGUUAAGGGGUAAACAAAACAAAGGUUACGUACUAGCGAUGGAAAAGCAGUCAAUUGCCAGAAAUAACCGCCUUGACAGCUCUACAAUUGCCGGCUGUAUAACGAACACGUGGGGACAACUCUAGUCUUCAUCGUGAAAUCCUACUUGAAAUGUGUUUCAAAAAACGAUUUGAAAGAAGCCUUGGAAAUAAAAUCUCUCUCGACAGCGUAAAAGUUCUGAAUUUGAGACGAUUAGAACACGAAUUCAGCUUUUCGAUGUGAUUCGAUUUCGUGGCGAUGGGAUUCGUAGCUGACACCGCUGAUUUUCCAGCGAUAUGCUAUGUAAGUGACGCCAAAGAUAUCACCCGAAAUCGAAGGGAGACCAGUUUACGUUAUAAGCAGU